AUGCAUCAACUGGCGUUCGCGCACGCUUGGGCGGUGCCCAAGUCACACGCACCGGGCAAACGUGGCGGUUUGCUUCGCUUCACGGACGAUCGGCUUUCUCGAUUCGCAACGCACAGACUGCGCUGCUGGAAUCACCGGCGGAUAACACGUCUCGCCGGCUAUGCGCAACGCCGCAGUUCCUGCGUUUCCGCUGUAGAGUAUGGCGCUCCGCUUUUGCAAACUGAGCUCGUUGCGCAGUCAGUUCUUUCCACCGCGAAUCGGGCCAGCGUACGAGUCCCCGCGACUGAGCGCACAAUCAACGAGCGCCUCUCCUGGAACACCCUCUCGACAUGGACACAGAACGCACGUGAACGGCUCAGAGUGCACCCAGGCCGCGCACUGUCCAUCGCUGCGAUCACCAUACUGGCCAUCGCAACGCUCUACCGUUUCAUAAUGGCGAGACGACGUACCGAAUACCUGCUCAAGAGGAAGGCGCUAGGACUAGAUACGACGCCUGCAGCAGCAGGGCCACAGUGGCGCCUCCCCGGUGACGAAACAAAAGCCACCGAGAGUGCUGGCCUCGCCCAGCGCAUCGCGACCUUCUACGAUCUCCAGUCGGAGCUGUGGGAGCAAGUAUGGGGCGAACACAUGCAUCACGGCUUUUACAACGUCGACGGCACUCGGGAUGGCAAGGACGAUCGCCAAGCCCAGAUCGACAUGAUGGACCGCUUACUCCACUACAGUGGCGUGGAUGCGUCCAUCCGCUCCGCCAUUGGAGCCGGUCAUCGACGUCUUCGUGUGCUGGAUGUGGGAUGUGGCAUUGGUGGUGCUUCGCGGUAUAUUGCACUGCGCUACGGUGCUGAUGUGCACGUCACCGGUGUCACCCUGAGCCCGGUUCAGGCCUCGCGAGCGCAGGUGCUCACCCGACAGCUGCGCUUGGAGGAUCGCGUCGAGACCGUUGUGGCGGACGCGCUGGCGCUCCCGUUUCCAGACAACGCUUUCGAUGUCAUCUGGAGUAUGGAGAGUGCCGAGCACAUGCCGAACAAGUUCCGUUUCAUGGAGGAAUGUGCUCGCGUGCUGCGACCCGGCGGCAUACUCGCCAUGACGGCCUGGUGUCAUCGGCGGUGUCCGCCUCCGUUUACGGACGCUGACCGACGCAUCUAUCGCAAGGUAUGUGCGUACUACUGCAUCCCGUUUCUAUGCACUCUGGAUGAGUUCGAAAAUUAUGCCUGGCAAUGCGGCCUUGUGGAUAUCGAGACGGCGGAUUGGACACGCGCUACCCUGCCUUUUUGGCCGGCUGUUGCGCGCAGCGCCUUACAGCGAAAAGCGCUUCUAGGACUAGUUGAAGGCGGUUGGCCAGUCAUUCGUAGCGCGCUCGCCAUCCGUUGGAUGAUACGCGGGUUUCGUCGAAACCUAUUCGUGAUUGGUGCGUUACGAGCGGUGAAACCAGCGCCCCGGUGA